AUGUCCCCUCACCCCGAUACCCGUCCUGCGAAGAAUGAUGGAACAUAUAAUGUCCUCCUUACAGGAUUUGGCCCAUUUGGACAAUAUAAAGAAAAUCCAUCUUGGCUCGCCGUCCGACCCCUGCAAAAUACACUUAUCGCCCUUGACCCCCAUCCUGACCCGAUCGUCGCAGAUCCUACUACUAGUCCAGCCUCAGAUGGCCCAGCGAAUCUGAAUGAAGAGCCAAAACGUUCGCCGCCUGCUGAAAUCCGGAUCUCGACAUUAGAGAUACCAGUUGAAUACGAGACUAUCCUAAAGAUUGUUCCGGGACUGCAUGCACGACCACCCGUUCUCCCCGAACAAAUCCAGAGCAAUCCUCUGUUUCCGCCCCCGCCAGAACGAGGAUACGACUUUAUCUUUCACAUUGGAGUUGCCGGACGUGGACCAUUACGGAUGGAGAAGCUAGCACACAAGACUGGCUACCACAUGAAAGACGCGUUGGGGAACUAUGCUCCGACAUCCAACACCAAGAAAUCAGAGGAAGUGAAUGGCGCGGCUGCAGGCGUUGUAGCGAUUCCUGAAGGACAACCUCGACCACCCUCAAGUGAUAUACCCCCGGAAACUGCUCCGCUUGACAGUUUCACUUCACGUGUCCAUCGAGGCUAUGGACACGGCUACGAGCGCUUUACAGAGGAGCUCCUGACUGAUGUCGACGUUACGCGCCUGGUGCAAGACAUGAAACUGGCAGGAAUUGAGCAUGUAUACUCGUCGAUGGAUGCAGGACACUACCUUUGCGAUUUCAUCUAUUAUGGCUCACUAGCGGAGGCACAACGCAACAGAAAGCCUUACGACAAGUCCAAUCGCACCCGAGUACUUUUCAUGCACUGUCCACCCGUGAAUCAGCCCUGCAGCACGGAGGAUGUGACAGACGCCAUCAAGCAAAUAAUAGUAUGGGUAUGCGAAGAUGGCGGCUCGGAUUCGUAA